AUGGGCUUCGGCGCGUUCGAAGGCGCGGCCGCGCUCAUGGGCGCGCAGUCCGUGACGUCGACGGGCGUGCCCCAGAACACGAACCCGCUCCUCGCGCCGUCGAAGACGAUCCACGUCGGCAACCUCAACGCGGCCGUCACGCCCGACGUGCUCCGCCAGAUCUUCUCGUGCAUCGGCUCCGUCGUCGACGUCCGCGUCGCGGGCGACGGCCGCUACGGCUUCGUCGACUUCGCGGACGCGGACGCGGCGACGGCGUCCGUCGCCAUGCACGGCACGCUCGUCUGCGGCACGUCGAUCCGCGUCGAGAAGGCCAUGCAGCCGCGGCUCUUCGCGCAGUCGAAUCAGCCGACGCCGCUGCCGCCGGUCGGCGCGGCGAACCCGGCGGCCGCGCUCCUCGCGUUCCAGGCGACGCAGGCGUCGGCGCUCAACAAGCCCUCCGUGCCCGAGUUCUCGGGCCUCGCGGGCGUCACGAGCCCCGCGGUGCUCGCGGCGCUCGCGCGCCAGGUCGAGGGCGCGGGCCGGCGCGCGGGCGGCGCGCCGCCCGUCACGGCGGAAGCGGACCCGAACUUCGCGUUCCUCAACCCCGCGCAGCAGCGCGCGGCCCUCGAGGCGAAGCACCGCGAGAAGCUCACGGGCGCGAAGAACAUCUCCGGCUGGGGCGUCGCGAAGCGCCGCGACAGCGACAGCGACGACGACUCGCGCGACCGCCGCCGCCGCCGCGGCCGCGACCGCGACCGCGGCCGCUCGGACCGCCGCCGCCGCCGCGACCGCGGCGACUCCCGGUCCCGGUCCCGGUCCCGCGGCCGCCGCCGCCGCCGGUCCCGGUCCCGGUCCCGGUCCUCGAGCCGCCGCCGCCGCCGGUCCCGGUCGCCGAAGAAGCGGCGGUCGCCGUCGCCCGACGCGCCCAAGCCCGCGGACGCGCCCAAGCCCGGCGGCGACGCCGGGCCCGCGGCCGGGGACCCGCCCAAGGAAGAGCCGGCCGAGGCGCCCGCCGGCGCGCCCGCGCCGGCCGAGCCCGCGCCCGGCGACGCCGAGCACGAGAGCGCCGCCGCCUUGGCCGCCGUGCGCGCCUCGAAGGCGAACUGCUUCGAGCCCCGGUUCCGCGCGUGGUGCUUCUCCGCGAGGCUCGUGGCGAGCUUGACGCUGACGUGGCUCACGCACGCCGCGUGCUGCCAGCUCUCGCAGGCGACGCACUGCACGUACUCCCGCGACGCCUGCUCCGAAUUCCGCACGAACUCGCCGCAGUCGCAGUCGACGACGUAG